AAUUACGAAUUUAACAUUUUUAAGCUCUUCUAACAUUUUUACUGAGAUGAUUAAAACAGAUAAUGCUCUGCUUAUCGAUCUGCCCCAACCGUAUUUUCCCAAUAAGCCUUGUUUUUAUUGUGCCGUUUUCUAUAACGCAAAGUUUUACGGGAACGUAUCUGUCGCAUCGUAGGAAGACACGACUAUUGCUUUAAAGGACAUUUUAAAAAUUUAAAAAAAAAAAAUGGCAAACGAACAAGUAGGUAAAAAGGUUUAAAAAGAAUAGAAUUUUGUGCCUGCUUACUACUGUCUGAUUACCCCUCAUUAUAGAUCUUGUAAGCAUCUAUUGAUCCAUUAGUCAGAGGUGAUGGAUCACUGCUCCUUUUCCCCAGUUUGCCAUCCUUCACAUAAGGAAGUCAUCGGUGCAGUGCCAGGUGGGGUCCCGGUGAAGGGACUCGAUGGCCCCUUGUCUGGCAGCCAUGGCGACCGAGGAAACCACGGGUCUGGGGGAGGGUGGCCCCGUAGCACUGGACUUGGUGCAGGUGAAGUCCCUGCUCGAACCUGUGAGACAGGAGCGGCUGGCGCUCCGCCUGCAGGAAGUCAUCGAUGGCAGCAACCACGUUCCUGCGGUGGUCACUACCUCCAGAACCAACAGCCUUCGCAGCGAAGAUCCCUUCUGCCGCAUCUGUCACGAGGGCAGCGGCGUGGAGGAGCUGCUGUCCCCCUGCGAUUGCGCCGGCACCCUGGCCACGGUCCACCGCAGCUGUGUGGAGCGCUGGCUCGCGGCUUCCAACACCAGUCGCUGUGAGCUCUGUCACUUUGAAUUUGCCUUGGAACGCUUGCCAAAGCCACUCUCGGAGUGGCUACACGCUCCGUCCACGCAGCACCAGAGAAGGACGUUGUGUGGAGAUGCCAUCUGCUUCAUGUUCAUCACCCCGCUGGCCAGCCUCUCAGGGUGGCUGUGUGUGCAGGGAGCCGUGGACCUGUACUACAGCAACAGCACGGAGGCCUUGGGACUCAUAGUCCUCACGCUCGCGCUGUUUGCCAUCUACCUUUUCUGGACAGUCGUUUCCCUGCGCUACCACAUCCACCUGUUUGAAACGUGGAGACAGACCAAUCAGAGAGUGAGACUGCAGGUUCCCCGGCCUGCAGGAUUACUUUGCAGCAAACAGGCACUGCUGCUACAUCCAUCAAGCAAGGACACCAGCAAGGAGAGCGUGGUUUAGGUCCUGCAUGGCAGACCACCUUCCACCAUGGAUGAGGCCAGGAUAGACCUUU